AUGGCAGUGCCAUCUCAGACUCCUGCUCAUGAUUAUGUUUCUGCCAACGAAGAAACUCUUGUACCAGAGGAAACCACAAUGUCUACUAAGGAUUAUGUCUCUUCUCUUGAAAAUCACACGUCAAAACCGCAAUCGACUGAAGGACCAAGUGAUUCUUCCAUUUCGAUGUCACCUCCUAGGCAUGUCGACUCUUCCUCUAGACCACGUCACUCUCCUGUCAGAGGACAACGAGUUAUAUCCACCAAAGUUGGUCGAAGGAAAAUACCCCUGAAUGUACCCCAUAUGCCAAUCGAUGGUGUAUCUUUUCAUUCAGAAGAAGGGGCGCACAGGUGGAAGUAUGUUGUUAGAUGUCGAAUUGCUGAUGAAGCCAAUAUUUUCGAUCAAUAUAGGUCUUGCCCGAUCAUUCUUGAUUUGAUCCGUAAUGCUGGUCUUCUUUGUACAGUUUCUGAAGUUGGUCCUUUUUAUCCUCGCCUUAUCCAUGAGCUGAUUGUUAACUUACCGUCUGUCUUCAGUGACCUCAGUGCUGAGGAGUUUCACAAAGUCCACAUCCGAGGCGUCUGUUUUCAUAUUUCACCUGACUAUGCGAUGUCUUAUCUGACUCUCGAGUGUCUGGCUGCAGAACUCACUAGAGGCAUAGUGCCAGUCUGGCCAGUUGAUGGACAGCUUCCGGUUGCUUCAUUAACUGUCAAGUAUGCCAUUCUUCAUCGAAUUGGUAUUUCCAACUGGAUUCCCUUCAAUCAUUCCUCUACCACCUCUACGUCUAUGGGCCACUUUGUUUAUCUGGUUGGCACUGGAGUCAAGGUCAAUGUUGGUGAAUUUAUCUUUAACCAUUUACUGCAUCAUGUUGAUACGUAUGUCAUUCAUAUUCCUAUCUUCUUUCCACGAAUUUUGAGCUCUCACGUUCGAGAAAUUGUUGCUGAGUUUUAUAAUGUGCCUGGAGGGACGCAACCCCUUGCUCCAAAUCCUACUGUUUACCAGCCACUUGUUAUGUCUGUUUCAUUGGCCAAUCGUCUGUUGCAUGCGUUAGUGGCUGAAUCUUGCUCCCUCACUCGUCAGAUCAGUGACCUGUCUGAUAGAGAUCAGACGUGCUGCUUUGGAUGUUGUUCUCCAUGA